AUGUCCGUCUAUGAACCAGACAUGGUGCGCAAACUGCUGUCAAUGCUGGAGCCAAAGGACAGGCAGAAAAAAUUCGAGGCAAACUGGAAAGACGCGGUGAAAAAACGCGUUGGGUCAUGGACAGGACAUACAGAGCGAAUGGCCAAUCCAAGACCCAAGCGCCAGUGUGAAUGGGAGGCUGAAGUGAUUGAGUACAUCAACUAUAUCUCGGAGAAGACACGAAUACGAUCAGUGAAAACACUCACGCGACCAUGCCUGGACAGCAGGAUUCCAAUACUUGGCCCUCAUUUUCUGCCACCAUCUUACCUCCAUGCCCGAAAGCGCAAUCAAUCUGAGCCUGCAGUCAACCCAGAAGUCUUGUACUUGAAGCCUCUUCGCGUCAUACAUCCAUUCUAUCACCCUGAGCUUGCAAGAUGUCCGCGAUGCGAUUCUAGGGAUGGUGUUUCGUGGGAUGGGUGGACUGGGACUGGUCCUCGGGAUGUCCAUGGAGUAAUGCUUGAUGAGGCAGCAUUAGGCAUGCAGCUCCGCUGUGAGAGUUGCAGAACUGAUCCAACAAGUAAGAAGGGCCUAGAAAGCGACUGUGAGCAUAAUGGAAAGACGCACCUCAAAGGACACUGCUUCGCAACAACGAAUCCGGACUUCUGGCGCAAUUGGUCCCAUUGGUCCAUUCCAGCGGACGUACCAAUCUUCUUCUACAGAUGUGCUGUUAGUCGUGAGCUGUUUGAUCUAGUUGUUGAGUUGCACCCAUCAUCUACUGCAGGAACUCUCGCUGAAAACAUCCGACAACUUCAUCUGCUUGAGUACAACAGGCGGAAGCUGGAAUACCUUCAAGCUUGGAAGUCGCAGUACAAUGCGAGGCCGAUCUCACAUGACAUGGUCAGCGAGAUCUUCCAGGAGUUUGUGUCGGGAACGCGGGAAAGGGAGUCAGAGGAAUAUCUUCGCACUCUCUCUGUAGGUAUAAGCAUUUCAUUUGACAACACAUUCCGUGCUGCUACGAAAGCAACCAUCACCAGCCGAGAGAAGCAGAAGCUGAAGGUCCUGAAGGGAGGGAUUAUAAGUCUGAUGAACGAGAAUGGUGAGAUUGUGGGCUGGCGCUUCUGUCACGGUCAGUCAAAUGCCAAGAUAAGCGAACUUCUCAAAGGCCUCAAGACGCGAUGCGAGGCUCUGGAUGUACCUCCACCUGAA